AUGUGGGGUUAUGUUUCUGGAACUUCCACGAAACCGAAGAACGAUAAGGAUGAGAGCUUUGCAGAACAGUUGGAUCUUUGGGAUGCCAACAAUUCAAAAAUCAUCACUUGGAUCAACAACUCAGUUCAACAAUCAAUCGGUAUCCAAUUGGCGAAAUAUGAGACGGCGAAGGAAGUUUGGGAGCACUUGGAAAGGUUGUAUACACAGUCUAAUUUCGCAAAGCAGUAUCAGUUAGAGAUUGACAUUCGGGCCCUUCAACAGAAUAGCAUGAACGUUCAGGAAUUUUAUUCUGCUAUGUCUAAUCUGUGGGAUCAGCUUGCUUUGACUGAAUCAGUGGAGUUACGGGCAUUUUCCCCUUACAUUGCUCGGAGAGACGCACAACGUCUGGUUCAGUUUUUGAUGGCUCUUCGAGAUGAGUUUGAAGGUCUUCGUGGAACAAUCAUGCAUCGCAAUCCUCUUCCAUCGGUUGAUUCGGUGGUUAAUGAGUUGUUAGUAGAAGAGAUUCGCUUGAAGUCUCGUGUUGAUAAAGGGAGGGCAGAAAAGGGGAUUCUUCCUUCUCUGAAUCCCUCUGUCUUUGCAGUUCCUCAUCGACCAGCCUCCAACAAUCAACACAAGACUCAAGCCAAGGUUGGCUACGACGAAUGCAGUUUUUACAAGUAA